UUUCCAGAGCGCAGCAAAGCGGGGCCAGAGACGCGGCUGCGGUGGCAGCGGCUCCGUCUGCGCGGAGAUUUGCGGGGGGAGCUUUGGGCUGGGGCGGUAGAUCUUUGCAAAACAGAGACCCGAUGCCGGAACGAGGGAUCCCCUGAUUUUUUUUUUUUUUUGCAAUUUUCUCCUCCGUUCCAGAGGGGGAGGAGGAAGCCCCAAGCCCGCUCGAGGGGCGAGGCUGUGCUUUUGGACCUAACUCCUUCCCCUUUCCCGUUUGGUGAAGAAAGGAAGGCGGCGGGGGAGCGGGCAGCGGGACAGUGGAGAAGGCGAGCGGAGAGCCCGGCGAUCUGUCCCCCAGACGGAGCAAAGGAAGGUGUGAUCGCAGCAGGACUUCAUAAGGCAGCCGGCAACAGCCCCCAUUGCUUCUCCAGUUGGAGCGAGAGCUUUGUGUCCGGGACAGCAUGGCCGCUGGCCCCAUUGGCCUGUGUCUUCUGGCCACACUGGCUUUUAGCGUGGAUGCCUCUAUCAGCAACUGGUGGAAUCUGGUGCCUAGGAAAACAGUGGCCUACAAAGAACUGAAGGAAGUGACAAAGCAUUUCUCCAAGGCAGGGGUGUUUGACUACACAACAUUGACACUGGACCAUACCAAAGGGCUUCUCUACGUGGGGGCUCGGGAAGCGAUUUUUGCUCUAAGCACCAGCACUGUGGAACUCAAAGAAGCAAUCUUCUGGGAGGCUCCGGCAGAGAAAAAAGCAGAGUGUAUGCAGAAGGGCAAAAAUAACCAGACCGACUGUUUCAACUACAUCCGUUUCCUGCAGACCUACAAUAGCUCUCACAUGUACACCUGUGGCACUUACGCCUUCCAGCCCAAGUGUGCCUACAUUGAUCUGGCCAGUUUCUCCCUUGACAGGCUGUCCUUUGAAGAUGGAAAAGGAAAAUGUCCCUAUGACCCAGCCAAGGGGCACACAGGCCUUAUUGUAGAUGGAGAUCUGUAUUCAGCGACACUCAACAACUUUCUGGGCACCGAGCCUGUCAUCCUGCGCAACUUGGGCGCUCGCUCUUCUGUCAAGACAGAGUACUUGCCUACUUGGCUCAAUGAACCUCACUUUGUGGGCUCGGCUUAUAUCCAGGAGAGUCAAGGAAGUGAUAAUGGAGAUGAUGACAAGGUCUACUUCUUCUUCAGUGAGCGGGCUUUGGAGUAUGACUGUGACACAGAGCAGCUGGUGGCCCGGGUAGCCAGAGUUUGCAAGGGGGACUUAGGUGGCGCUCGCACAUUGCAGAAGAAGUGGACAACGUUUCUGAAGGCACGGUUGGUGUGCUCCAUUCCAGAGCAGCAGCUCCAUUUCAAUCGGAUUCAGGGGUCCUACACACUGAGUGGGGAUCACUGGCGUGACACCAGCUUCUUUGGGGUCUUCCAGGCACGCUGGGGAGGUGUGGAUGUUUCUGCUGUCUGCCAAUACCAGAUUGAGGACGUGCAGAAGGUGUUUGAAGGACCCUACAAGGAGUACAGGGAGCAAUCCCAGAAGUGGGGUCGAUACUCAGACCAGGUGCCAACCCCCCGGCCUGGAGCUUGCAUCACUGGGUGGCAUCGGCACAACAACUUCCAUACUUCGAUGGAGCUGCCAGACAACACCCUCAACUUUGCCAAGAAGCACCCGCUAAUGGAUGAGACAGUGCCACCUCAAGGGAACCGGCCCUUGCUGGUCAAGAAGGAUGCCAACUACACCCAGCUGGUGGUAGAGCGGGUGCAUGGCCUGGAUGGCAAAGCCUAUGAAGUGCUGUUUGUCGGGACAGAUAAUGGAUGGUUGCACAAAGCUGUGAUGUUGCCCUCAGGUGUCCAUCUUAUUGAAGAGCUGCAGAUCUUUGACCAAGCCCAGCCUAUCAAGAGCCUAGUGCUAUCCCCGCAGAAGAGGGUGCUCUUUGCUGGUUCCCACUCCCAAGUUACCCAGCUUCCUGUGGCUGAUUGCAGCAAGUACCGGUCCUGUGCUGACUGUAUCCUUGCCAAGGACCCUUACUGUGCCUGGAGCAGGAAUGGGAGUUCCUGUGUCCGCAUUGACACCUAUGAUGGGUCCUCAAUGCUCUUCCAGGACUUGGGGGUACAGCCAGCAAUCUGCAACCCCAUGCGAACAAUCAGGCCAGCAGCCAAGAUAAUUGCCAAGAAUAUCACAGUGAUGGUGGGCACAGACCUGGUGCUUCCCUGCCGCCUCACCUCCAACCUGGCUAAGUCCCGCUGGACCUUCAAUGGACAGGAGUUGCUUGAAGAGCAGACCUCGGUGUUAUAUGAUUCCCAUCUCCAGGCCCUGAUCAUCUUGGGUGCCAGUCCAAGGCACACUGGCACAUACAAGUGCUCUCAGGUGGAAGAGCGGAAUGAACUGAUGGCUGAAGGUUAUGCCGUAGUGGUGGUAUCUGGCCCAGCCAUGUCACUGGAGACACGGGCUCCCCUGGAGAACUUGGGCUUAGUCUGGAUGGUGGUGAUUGCUCUGGCAGCAGUAUGUUUGGUACUGCUGCUGGUGGUGUUAUCCUUGAGGCGUAGACUGAAGGAAGAGCUUGAGAAAGGCUCUAAAGCGAUUGAGAGCACCCUUGUCUAUCCCAUUGAAUUGCCCAAAGAGUCCAAGAGCCCCACCUUCAUCCCCAGCACCACCUCGGACUCUGAUGAGAAGCUGUGGGACCCAGCCAGCUACUACUACUCAGAUGGCUCCCUUAAGAUUGUGCCAGGUCAUGCUGUGUGCCAGAAUGGGGGCACCACCCCAUCUCCCACCACGAAUGGCAUCCCUGGCCAACCACUACAGUCUCCACCCCUCCACUCGCCCAAUCGCAUCAACCUGGGCAACAUCCGCGGCUCUUCUUCCAAUGGCUACAUCCGCCUCAACCUGGGUGCUGAAGAGAGGCCGGACUACAGUGACCUUGCUGAGGAGCUGCGCCGCAAACUCAAACAAAGGCAAGCACUGCCUGACUCCAACCCUGAGGAAUCAUCAGUAUGAGCUGUGUUGUGAACUUAUACACUACGCCAACUACCUCAUAAACUAGGCUGGGAUCACUGCCCAUGGCCGGGAUUACUUUUUUUUAAAAAAAAUCCUAUUUAAGGACUUGCUUCAGGCACUCUUUUUCUAACACCCUCCUUACGUCCUCAAUUUUUAUACACUUCCCCACGCUCCUUUCCAUGUUCUUCAGUGUUUUUCGACUGUGCUUCCUUCUAGGACAUUCCCAGGACUGUGUGGGAGAUAUUUUCAUUCUUCCUUUGCCUUGGAUGGUGAGUCUGACCUCACUGAACCAUUGAUGGACGGACUGUUGGGCCAAAACCAGGCCUAUUUCUUGUUGAAGUGGCCCUAUGACCAAUGGACGUGCUCACUGAUCAUUGGAAAAAGACAGGGCAGAGCCUGCUUCCCAGUAUAAAGGUGCCAUUGGCUCCGUUCUGUUUUAUGUUUCCCUUUUCUUUCUCGUGCUGACCAAUAACUGCCAGCCAUUUGCAACAGAGGGGCCAAGUUCAUUGAGUGGCUGUUUUUCCAUGAAUUGGAACAUUGGGGGCUAGGAUGAUGGUGGAUGCAUUUACCCCUCCUGCUCCUAAGGAUCUACUGUUUCUUGUGGGAUUGGGACUUUUAAAGGCAAAUGUCUUGUGCUGUUUUAUUGGGAAAUAGGAAUGUGAGAACCAAGACGUUAGCUGCCUGAGGAAGACAAUCCACAUGGUGAACACUACCCAUGCCCCUGUGUGAACACACACUAUUUAGCCCGGAACAGCAUGCUGGAAAGUUCUUCUGCACGUGCUCAUUGUUCUGAAUGGGAAGAUACUCGUUCAUUUCAAUGAAGCUUAUGCACAUGAACUUCCUGGUGGAUUCUGUCCUAUGGGUCAAGCUGCUCAGAGUCCAACUCAGCUGCCUUCAAUGGUGCCCAGGUCAGUCACAUAGUGGGUUCACUGUAUGUGUGUGUGAGUGAGAGGGAGAGAGCGAGAGAGAAAGAUGAACUAUUCCUCUUUUGACCUCCUCUUUUUUUUAAGUAACUGCUGUGACUAAACUGAUCUUCCCUCUCCCCCCUCUUGGGGUGGGGAACAUGCGGUGUAGAUAUCCCCAUUCCUCUGGCUGUGGCUCUCCCUUAACCUUGCAUGCCUCACAGCAACAGCAGCUGGUUUCACACUUCCCUCCUCUUUUUACCUUUUUAAAGACCUGUGUAAAUAAUACAUGAAAAAGGCUUCUUGAUAAGAGCCUCACACCUGCCCCCCCCUCCAGUCCCCCCGGCAAUUCCAGUGUAAUUUAUUUGUUACUGAAAUAUAUUUAUUUGAUGUAAAUAUAUGAAUAUUUUUAUAUUAAUAAUAAA